AUGUGCUGCUUCUGUAGCAUUCUGUGCCUGGAGGAGGUGCUGAGGCUUUGCCCCUUGCCAUUCAGCCUGCCAGUCCCUCUCACUUCGUCCUCAGUAGCCCUAGAGUUUGUAGCAAAGCUGAGGCAAUGCAAUUGCACCUUUGACAAAGAGUCAGAGCUCACCCCUCUGGAGUCUGCCAUUGGUGUCCUGGAACUCAUCCAGAGGGAAUUCUCUGUGGCUGAGAAGACGAUGGAGGCUGUUCAGCAGAUGGUGAAGGAAGCUGCUGUUAUUGUCUGCAUCAAAAACCAAGAGCUUGAUAAAGCUUCAAAAAUUGUCAAGAGGCACUUUGGGAAGGAGCCCAAGAGCCAGAAAACCAAGAAUGAGCUGCUGACUCUCAUCCGGGAGAAGAAUUUCUCUCAUCCCAUGGUCAAAAACUUCUCCUACAAGAACUUCCAGCAUAACAUAUUCCAGUUCCUGAAGGCCUACGUGGAUGAUUCGGAGCCACAGCUGCUCACGAUCAUGAAAAAGACUUUGAAUUCAGAACACACUCGAGAACCAAAAAAAUCUGUGAUGACUCCUGAGCCUGCAGGGGGGAGCCUGCUGAAGGAGCAGGCAGCAGCUCCAGAGCAGCCCUCUGGAACUGUAACCACCUACGGGAUUUCUGUCCUGAGAGAAGCUUUCAAGAUUCUGUCGGACUCCCAGGAUUCUGAUGAGCUCUUCACCAAACUGGACGAAACAGACUUUUCUUUCCCCAGGCAACUGUCUCCUUCUGUAUCCCACAGAACCAAGAGUCGGAGAGAAGAGGAGUAUCAAGAUUCUGAAAUCUCAGACCCUCCUGAAAGAUCCCAUAAGGGCAAACGCUUGUUGACCAUAAGCAAACUAGUCAUGGAGCAAGACAGCCAGUGCACCGAGUCGAGUGAGAUCCCAGACUCUUCCCAGGAGCCAGUUGUAUCCUCUGCUUCCAGACCUGUUCAGAAUCUGCAUGACCAGCCUGUUUCUGCCAAGAGUGCCAAGUCCUUGCAAGGAAGGUGGAACAGCUCAUAUGGCCAAGAGGAAAAAGACAGUUGGAGUGAUGAGGAUGAGCUCUUCUCAGAUGCGGCAUCGCUUGGGAACAACAGCCACACCUCUGCAGUCUUUGGUUCCAAGAAGCAGAAAUGGACUGUGCAGGAGAGCGAGUGGAUCAAAGAGGGCGUGAAGAAGUUUGGCGAAGGGCGCUGGAAAUCCAUCUGCCUGAAGUACCCCUUCCAGAACCGCACGCCCGUGAUGAUCAAGGAUCGCUGGCGGACCAUGAAGAAGCUGGGAAUCCAGUAA